GCUAAGUUGCGCGAUGGGUCAUUGGUUACCUCGAUCUCGAACGGUGCAACACGCUUCCAUUACUAAAUAGUCAAGAGUGUUGCUUCUGCAACACUUGAAAUUUCAAUUUCGUCGUCGGUUCUAUCACCCUAGAAAACAAUGUGGAAAUGGCUCUGUUGCAUCCUGCUGCUGCAGUUAUAUUGGAGAGCGUCAAGUCAGCCCGUUAAAACUGCCCUAGAUACUCCCUUUAAUGAUGAAAUCUUUGCCGGUCUCCGUCAUUGGGUGGAAGACUAUUAUGACCCGAUAGAAAAAUUGUUGGGACCACCCCCAGGAACAACGUUCCCAGAAGUUCCUGAGAAUGUGCCAUUUCCUUGCAAUGUUUCAAUUGGUCGAUCGAAGGAACCACCAACGAACGUGAACAAAUUAAAACCGGGUGACAUCCAACUAAUUGGCACACUAGGUGAUUCCCUUACAUCUGGAGCCGCCGUUUUUGCUAGAUGUUUCAUAGCCCUUUUCGUGAGCAACAGAGGAGUUACCGCGGCUGGAGGAGGUCAAGGACAUUGGAGAAAGUGGUUAACUGUUCCUAACAUUAUUAAGGAAUUCAAUCCUAAUGUAGUAGGAUAUGCAGUAGGAGAUUCUUUGACAACUAUGGAAGCAUCGGAAUUAAAUGUUGCUGAAAUUGGUUCCAUGUCCGUAGACUUGCCUUAUGACGCGCAGGUACUAGUCGAGAGAAUUAAAAGUUACCCAAUGGUGGGUACGACUUGGGACAAGGCUUGGAAGUUUGUCUCAAUGAAUAUCGGAAUCAACGAUUUUUGUGCUAACAUAUGUUAUGAACCAACAGCCGAAAAGGUUGUAGAAGAUCAUAAACAAAAUGUAAUUGAAACUUUACGAAUACUUAAAAAAAAUUUACCAAGAACUUUCGUGGCUAUAAUUGCGCCUAUAAGUUCAGAAGUCUUGGUUGAAGCUCAAAUAGGAAACCCGUCGUUCAACUGUUCUCUCACAAUGAGUUUUGAGUGUCCUUGCAUGUUUGGCUUUUCAUUUAGACCCCAUAGAAACUAUUAUUAUGAGAUAAUAGAAAGAUGGUCGCAAGCAGAAAUUGAAAUCUCUUUAAUGCCAGAAUGGCAGAGUGAUGAUUUCGCAGUCGUAGCUCAACCCAUUCUUAGACAUUCAAUGUUGCCAAAAAAUAAGGAUGGAAUUGUCCCUAUACAUGAAUAUUUAAGCAUUGAUUGUCUUCACUUUAGACAAAGAACUAAUGCUUGGUAUGCAAAUGGUCUAUGGAACAAUUUGUUGCAACCAGUGGGUAACAAAUCGGAAACUUGGGAACCACCUUUCCAAACAUUCUUAUGUCCAACAGAAGAAAGACCCUAUCUGGCUACAAAUGUAAAUUCAGGAGUGUAUGGUUAAAUAUAAUAUAUAAAUAGACUGAGCAUAUUUUCUAUCUUCGCAAUGCUUCGAUAUAAGAAUUAAGUGAAAAAGAAGAGAAAACAUUAUUUAGCAAUGCUUUUUUCUAUUAUUCGCGCUUUUAUGCAUGUGUGCAUGCGUAUGCAUUUCGUGUUAGCAUACAUUCGCAUUCAGGUGUCUACUACUUUCUUUCAUUAGAAAAAGACGGAGCCUUUAGUUAUGUUUUCCCUUUCUUCCUACUUAUUUUUAAAGUUGCAUUAUUAUUGCUCGGUCUAUUUAUUUAAUAUAUAGAGUUCAAUUGAUAAAAAAAAGGCAAAUUCUCUAACAAAAUUAAUUAUUAAUCGUGUAUAAGAAAUAUUGAUACUUGACAAAGGAGAAAGUAUUAAUCGUUUGGUCAUAAAUCAAGCAGUUGUAAUAUGAUGCCGUGAUUUUUUUUAAUGUAGUCACAAUGGCAUAAUUAUUUAAGUAUAGUCAGAGCGCUAUGAUUAUUUAUCCUUUAUAGAGCAAAUAUAUAUGAAUGGAAAAUUGUUCCAUGCAAAAUUAUUCCAAUUAUUAUUAUUACGUGACGCUAUAAAGGAUUACACAACGUUAAGUUGCACAUAUAAUUGUAUUAUGUUUAUUAUUUUCUUUAGAUUUAAAUGUACGUUCUAUUUAGUGCAAUUCAUGUAUUUACGAUUGCAAACUGCAGAAUCAGAGCAUGUGAAUCAGAGAUUGAAACUGAUGUUUUUUGAUUUUAUAUAACAGCAAUAAAAAAGAUUCAACUGAUAUAAAUAUCGGUAUUUGCAAUAGGCAUUAAUAUUAUAUUAUUAUAUCAGUAAGUGCAUUAAUAACACAUGAAAUUGAUUUCUUGUAAUCACAAAUGAGCUUAUAAUUUUUUCUGUAAAUAUAAAAAAAUAAUACAAUUAUA